UGCCGAAACCUGUGUAUAUGACUGCGUUCAUGAAUGUACAUUAUACUGAAGUUUGCAGAGUACAAUUGCAUACUCGUCGUUAGUCGCGUGUAAGUUUACGUGUCCUAUAAGCCACGUCAAAAUAUUUGAUACAAUGGUGGAAAUCGAGUCUAUGACAAGAUAUGUCUCUCCCAUAAAUCCUGCAAUUUUUCCAUUACUGGCAGUGGUGUUACUAGGAAUUGGAAUAUUCUUUACAGCAUGGUUCUUUGUUUAUGAAGUUACUAGCACAAAAUUUACAAGGGACAUGUUUAAAGAAUUAUUAAUCUCUCUAGUAGCAGCAAUAUUUUCUGGCUUUGGUAUAUUAUUUUUACUCCUUUGGGUUGGAAUUUAUGUAUAGAUUGAUUCGAUUAAUGAGAAAAACUAAUUUUAGGAUUAUGUGUAAUAGCAUUUAAGAAAUUAUAUAAUAAUCUCACAUCAUUAAGAAUAAAAACAAUGUAUUUUUACUAAA